UAUGGGGUUUGGAAGUGACCUGAAGUAUUCUCAUGAAGCUUUGCUAAAACUGCAAGAUUGGGAGUUGCGGCUACUGGAAAUGGUGAAGAAAUUUAUGGCCACGAGAAUAAAAAGUGACAAGGAAUAUGCUUCCACUUUACAGAAUCUUUGCAAUCAGGUUGAUAAAGAGAGUACUUCACAACUGGAUUAUGUUAGUAAUGUCUCUAAGUCAUGGCUGCUCAUUGUACAGCAAACUGAACAGCUUAGCAAGAUCAUGAAGUCACAUGCGGAAGACUUGAAUGCUGGGCCGUUACAUAGACUUACCAUGAUGAUCAAAGACAAGCAGCAAAUAAAGAAGAGUUACAUCGGUGUUCACCAGCAGAUAGAGGCAGAGAUGUUCAAGGUAACGAAAACAGAAUUGGAAAAAUUAAAAUCAAGUUAUAGACAAUUAGUUAAAGAAGUAAAUUCUGCUAAAGAGAAGUACAAGGAAGCUGUGUCUAAAGGAAAAGAGACUGAAAAAGCCAAAGAUCGCUAUGAUAAAGCCACUAUGAAACUCCACAUGUUGCACAAUCAGUAUGUGUUGGCACUGAAAGGAGCACAACUGCACCAACAUCAGUAUUAUGAUACUACACUUCCUCUGUUCCUUGACUCCUUACAGAAGAUGCAAGAAGAAAUGAUUAAAGCACUAAAAGGGAUUCUUGAUGAAUAUAGUCAGAUCACCAGUCUGGUAACAGAGGAAAUAGUGAAUGUUCAUAAAGAGAUCCAGACUUCUGUUGAACAGAUAGACCCUGGUUCAGAGUACAAUGGCUUCAUAGAGGCUCACAGGACGCCAGAUGUUGUACAACAAGAAAUUGAGUUUGAUACAUCUUUAUUGGAAGAAAAUGAAAAUCUUCAAGCUAAUGAAAUUAUGUGGAAUAAUUUGACAGCUGAAAGUUUGCAAGGCAUGUUGAAAACAGUAGUAGAAGAACUCAUUCAGACGCAGCAGAUGCUUCUAAACAAGGAGGAGCUUGUUUUGGAACUAGAAAAAAAGAUUGAAGAGUCUUCAAAGAUCUGUGAAAGGAAAUCGGAUGUUGUGCUUCUCCUCAGUCAGAAGCAGGCACUGGAAGAACUGAAGCAAACAGUUCAGCAAUUAAGAUGCACCGAAGUCAAGUUUGCUGCUCAGAAAGAACUUUUAGAAAAAAAAGUUCAAGAAAAUGAUGGGAAAGAGCCCCCACCUGUUGUAAAUUAUGAAGAGGAUGCCAGAUCAGUCUCUUCUAUGGAUAAGAAAGAUAAAGUUUCGAGGUUUGAUACGAUUCGGCACUCCAUUGCUGGAAUGAUAAGAUCUCCAAAAUCUAUGUUAGGCACUUCAUCGUUUUUUGAUGUAAUAUCAACCAGUGAAAAACCAUUGGCGGAGCAAGACUGGUAUCAUGGUGCAAUCCCAAGAAUAGAAUCUCAAGAGCUAUUAAAACAGCAAGGAGACUUCUUAGUUCGAGAGAGCCAUGGGAAGCCUGGUGAAUAUGUCCUUUCAGUAUUUUCAGAUGGACAACGGAGACACUUCAUCAUACAGUUCGUUGAUAAUCAGUAUCGAUUUGAAGGAACUGGGUUUCCAACUAUUCCUCAGCUUAUAGAACACCAUUACCAAUCAAAACAAGUAAUUACAAAGAAAUCAGGGGUAGUUCUGCUGAAUCCUGUUGUUAAGGAUAAGAAAUGGGUUCUCAGUCAUGAAGAUGUCACACUGGGAGAAUUACUGGGCAAAGGUAAUUUUGGUGAAGUGUACAAGGGAACACUAAAAGAUAAAACUCCUGUUGCUGUAAAAACCUGUAAAGAAGACCUUCCUCAAGAGUUGAAAAUAAAGUUUUUAUCAGAGGCCAGAAUACUCAAACAGUAUGACCAUCCAAACAUUGUAAAGCUUAUAGGAGUUUGCACUCAAAGGCAACCUAUUUAUAUCGUUAUGGAGCUUGUUCCAGGAGGUGAUUUCCUCUCCUUUUUAAGAAAGAAGAAGGAUGAGCUCAGGACUAAGCAGCUAGUGAAAUUUUCAUUAGAUGUUGCUGCUGGUAUGGCGUAUCUUGAAUCCAAAAACUGUAUUCAUAGAGACCUUGCUGCCAGGAACUGCCUAGUGGGUGAAAAUAACAUACUGAAAAUCAGUGACUUUGGAAUGUCUCGUCAAGAAGAUGAUGGAGUUUAUUCCUCUUCAGGCUUAAAACAGAUUCCCAUCAAAUGGACAGCUCCAGAGGCUUUGAACUAUGGGCGAUAUACUUCUGAAAGUGAUGUAUGGAGUUUUGGUAUCUUCCUUUGGGAGACUUUCAGUUUAGGUGUGUGCCCAUACCCAGGAAUGACUAAUCAACAGGCACGGGAGCAAGUAGAGAAAGGCUAUCGAAUGUCAUUACCUCAGAAGUGCCCAGAGGAGAUAUAUAAAAUAAUGCAGCAGUGCUGGAAUUACAACCCUGAACUCAGACCAAAAUUCUAUGAGAUUCACAAAGAACUGGCUGCAAUCAAGAAGAGAGUGACAUAGUGAAAAACUAACAGGACUCAAACUACAGGACGCUUCUCUUUUUCCAGAAAAGUAAUAUUUUGUCAUGAACACUAUGCAUUUGUAUCACAUUGCUUUUGGUUUUCUCCUGGGGUUUUUUCUAAAAGAAUGGUUUGUGUACAAAUUUGUCAGGCUGCAAAACAUCAAACAUAUGUGGAAGAGAAAGAAAGGGCUCUGCCAAAUGCUAUAUAGCCAAUCACAGUGAUGCUGUCUUUUACGUUGUGUGUACUUCAAAAACACACACACACGAACUCUGACUCUUUUCUUGUACUGUGAUAAAUUCCUCACAAUGUUUUUUCCCGUUUUCUUGGCUUUCAGUUCAGUGCCAAGUUUUCACACUAGUCAUUCUGUCAGCCGACUUAUGCACCAUUCCUAUAAGUCUUAAAACUGAAGGCACAGUUUUUAAUAUUACCUCAAUUUUAAAAGAUUAUACAAUGUACUGCUCUGGGGGGGAAACACUAACACCAGAAGCUAAUCUAAUCUUGGAUUUGCUAGUUCUUGUUCUAAAAAAACAAAAUAAGCUGAAGAUUUGUUUGUGGAACAGGAAGUGCAUUCUAAGUUUCUUGCAAAUAUUCCGAGAUUCAGUAAACAUUUCCAACACUGAGCAUUAUUUAUUUCUCUUUAAAAAAAAAAACAAAAACAGGGGGAAAGCCAUGAUUCAUCAGGAAUCAGCAUGCACAAAUCUGUUUGGUCUAGCCUUUAUUUAAAAACAACAACACUGAAGCUGGGUCAUGUAUGAUAUAUAUUUGUCAGGAAAUAUUGCAGAUGAUCUGUCUUUUCUGAAGGAUGUGCACAUUUAGAAGUGCUGUCAGCAAGAAACGUGUUUCAGAAUGAGA